UUCUCCUCUCCAUGGAAGACCUAGAGGUACCACAAUAUUUCAUCUGCCCAAUCUCUCUUGAAAUCAUGAAGGAUCCCGUCACGACCAUAUCGGGCAUAACCUACGAUCGUGAGAGCAUCGAGCAAUGGUUCGAAACCACCACCAAAGAAUUAUCGACUUGUCCGGUCACAAAACAAGUGCUUCCUCGAGACACCGAUCUCACUCCCAACCACACGCUAAGGCGGUUGAUCCAAGCUUGGUGCGUAGUCAAUGCCAUACAUGGUGUUGAGCGAAUACCAACCCCGAGAUCCCCACUUUGUAAGUCUAUUAUUAACAAGCUCGUCCGCGAUCUCAAUGUUUCGAAUUUGUACUUUGUCACUUUGAAAAAGAUGGAGGAAUUCGCGAAAGAUAAUGAGAGGAACCGGGCAAUCAUGCUUGAUGCCGGCGUAGUCAAGGCCAUGGUUAUGUUGUUGAUGAAAUUUAGUAAAGAGAGGAUAACUAAUGGUAUCUCGGAGGUGUUAAAGAUACUCCACCUUGUUUGGAGUCCAACCACGGAAAACAAACAACUAGUUCGCGAAAACCACGAUUUUAUAGAUUCUCUAGUAUGGGUAAUGAGAGUCCACGGCUUUGAUAAACGAGGUUGUGAAGUGAGCUCAAAUGCUAUGUUGGUUCUCAAGUCGGUUAUAGAAGUCGCGAGUACAAAUCUCUUGGAGAGAUUGAAACUCGACUUCUUUAUCCAAAUUGUGAAAAUAUUGAGAGUUGGAUCAACAACAACUUUGCAUGCUCUAAAAGCAGUGUUACAGAUCUUGAUAGAAGUUUCUCCGUGGGGGAGAAACAGGUUAAAGAUUAUCGAGUCACGAACCGUCUUUGACCUAAUUGAGCUGGAGCUCAACCAUAAUCCUGAUACGAGAACCACCGAGCUUGUGUUUUGUUUGUUGGCUCAAUUGUGCUCUUGCGCGGAUGGCAGGGCUCAGCUUCUCGAGCAUGGCGCCGGUUUGGCUAUGGUAGCCAAAAGAACACUUAGGGUUUCCUUGGGGACGGAUGAUCGAUCGAUACACAUACUUUCUUUGGUGGCGAAAUUCUCGGCUUCGAGUGAGGUUUUGAUGGAGAUGCUUAGGGUUGGGGCAGUUUCAAAGCUUUGCAUGGUUCUUCAAGCGGAUACUACAAAAUUCUUGAAGAGCAAGGCAAGAGAGGUGCUUAGAUUGCAUUCUAAGGUUUGGAAUAACUCCCCUUGUAUUGCUGUAUAUCUCAUGACAAGAGACCCUAGGUAAAUCAUUAAGUUCAUGAUCAUUUAUGCAAACAUUUAAACAUGUUUUUUUUGGGUUGAAAUGGUCAUUUUUUUGGUUGUGAUGGAAAGGUAUCGGAAAAAAAAAUAUGAGAUUGUGGGUCGCCUCCAUUCCGAGGGUCACAAGUAACAUCAAUUAUUAUCGGCUUGAAAACAUAAUAUUGGUUCAUGGGUUACGCCA